AUCCCUACGCCUAGGCCAACAGCACAUCCCUCUGCAACUCUGGGAUUUCAGCAUUUCUACUACUCACUCAUAGAAUCAAGCUCAUUUUCCCUGUUGAUUCCUCAAAUGUUACUGAAGCGCCGCACCGGCGACGCUAAAUACCAGCGGCGGAUCCGGGCCCAGCGCGAAGCAAGCGAAGAGAUUGACGUGAGCGUCUCGAUUCCAUCCGACGGGCAAACAGAUGCAUCUGUAGACGAUAGCAGCGAGUCCGAAGUUGAUACAGGAGAUGCUCGCGCACUGCCCAUCGGUGCCGCUAGCAUAUCUUUUGGUGCCCUAGUCGAAGCACAGGCGAGCUUUCCGAGCAUUCUCAAGGACAAAAAAACUACCAAAGCCAGCAAUAAGCAGUCGGAUCAUGAGGAAGAAGUACGAAGAGGCACAUCAGAGAAAUCACACCAGGCCGAGCUAAGCCGUCCCAACAAGCAUGCUCCGACUGAAGUUUCAAGCAAGAAAGCUGUGACUCGGCGGAGAGACGUCGUCGCAACUGCCUACCGUAAACCUCGGGACCCACGUUUUGAACUUAUUAGUGGACCAGUAGAUAGAUCACGGGUCAAUGCUGCAUAUUCCUUCUUGGAUACAUAUCGUGAGGACGAGAUAAAUGAGCUAAAGACGGCUAUCAAAGCAACCAAAGACCUGGAAAAAAAAGAAGAACUCAAGAAGACGCUUAUGGCAAUGGAAUCACGGCAAAAGGCAAACAUGAAGAAAUUGAAAGAACAGGAGGUAGUUGACCGGCAUAAAAAAGAAGAAAAGGAACUAGUAAAGCAAGGGAAACAGCCUUAUUAUCUCAAAAAAUCAGAGCAGAAGAAACAAAUACUUCUUGACCGAUUCGCUGGCUUGAAAGGAAAACAGUUAGAUCGAGUCAUCGAACGUCGGCGAAAGAAGGUUGAUGGGAGAGAAAAGAAAAAAAUGCCAUUUUCAAGGCGACAAGCCGAAUAA